AUGACCUCAGCAACAGAGGACAGAGCGAUCGAGAUUCUGCUGGUGGAAGACAAUCCUGCCGAUGUGCGGUUGACGGAGGAGGUACUCAGGCAAUCGGAACACACGACGAACAUCACAGUUGCGGAGGAUGGCGUCAUCGCAAUGGAGAUGCUGCACGGCACAGGAGAUUACGGCGACACUCCCCGUCCGGACCUUAUACUGCUUGACCUGCGGCUACCGCGCAAGGACGGGCCCGAGGUACUUGCGGAGAUCAACUCUGACGAAGGACUUGUGAACAUCCCUGUGAUGAUUCUUACGGGGACAGAGGCAGAGCAGAGCCUUCUCAACGCAUACAACAUCCCACCCAGCCGCUUCUGCCGCAAGCCAAUCGAGUUGCAGCGUUUCAACAACGUGGUGGGUCAGCUCGGAAUGUUCAGUCGGCAGCCGAUAAGCCUGGGCCCGCCGGCGGGACAGGCUGAGAGCCAAGCAGAGUCAAGGCAUGCCAGCAGGCCGCUUGAAAUAUUGCUGGUCGAGGACAACCCUGCAGAUGUACGUCUUAUACAGCUGAUACUGGAAGACGCAGAAUUUCAUGUGAACUUCACUGUGGCGAGUAACGGGCAGGAAGCGAUGAACAUUCUCAGGCGUGAGGGAGGGUCCGCCGAUGCGCCGCGACCGGAUAUGAUACUGCUUGAUCUGAACAUGCCCGUCAUGGACGGACGGGAAGUUCUCGCCGAGCUGGAAAAACUUCCUGAGUUGAGCAGCAUUCCGGUGGUCGUGUUGACGACAUCGCAGUCUCAAGAGGACCUUGAAUACGCGUACAGCAAGUGCAUCAGCAGUUACAUCACUAAGCCGGUCGAUGUGCAUCAGUUCAAUACGAAGGUGCGCGACCUGCUGAACUACUGGACGAAUGUCGCGGUGCUGCCGAAUUAG